AUGACCACAGACGAUGCUCCCAUUUCCACAAACUUCAUUCAGCAGGCGAUCAAUGCCGACAACGAAUCGGGCAGGUUCGACCGGCGUGUGCAUACGCGCUUCCCGCCUGAGCCGAACGGCUAUCUGCAUAUAGGUCACGCCAAAUCCAUCUGUCUGAAUUUCGGUCUGGCGCGAGAAUUCGAUGGGCUGUGCAACCUGCGCUUCGACGACACAAAUCCUACAAAGGAGAGCGUUGAGUAUGUCGAUUCGCAGAAGGAAGAUGUGCGCUGGCUCGGCUUCAACUGGCACGACAGAGAGCUCUACGCUUCCGACUACUUCGGCGAGCUUUACGAGUUUGCCAAGCAGCUUGUUCUCGAAGACAAGGCUUAUGUUGACAGUCUGAGCCAGGAUGAGAUACGGCAAUAUCGUGGCACCCUUACCCAACCCGGCAGGGAAAGCCCCUACCGCAAUCGCUCGGUCGAAGAGAACAUCGACCUGCUGGAGCGUAUGAAGGCGGGCAAGUUUCCCAAUGGCGCGCAUGUGCUUCGCGCCAAGAUAGACAUGGCGUCGCCCAAUCUGAACAUGCGCGACCCGGUGAUGUACCGCAUCCUGAAUACUGAACAUCACCGCACCGGCGACGAAUGGUGCAUCUACCCGAUGUACGACUUCGCGCACGGGCAGUCGGACUCAAUUGAAGGUAUCACGCAUUCUAUCUGCACGAUGGAGUACGAGGACCACCGACCACUGUACGACUGGUUCCUGCGAGAGCUUGGGAUGUACCAGCCACAACAGUUAGAGUUUGCGCGCCUGAACUUGAGCCACACCGUACUCAGUAAGCGGCGCCUGCUGCGCCUCGUAGAGGGUGGAUAUGUGAACGGAUGGGACGACCCUCGUAUGCCCACGAUUGCGGGCUUCCGCAGGCGCGGCUACACUCCGGAGGCAAUCCGCGACUUCUGCGACAGAAUCGGCGUGGCGAAGAACGCCGCGAUCAUCGACAUCGCUCUUCUGGAGCACAGCCUGCGCGACCAUCUCAACAAGACUGCGCCGCGCGCUAUGGCAGUGCUACGCCCGCUCAAGGUCGUCAUCACGAAUUACCCAGAGGACGAGACAGACUGGCUGGACGCAGUGAAUAAUCCGGAGGAUGAGUCCGCUGGUACGCGCAAGGUGCCCUUCUCGCGCGAAAUCUACAUUGAGCGCGACGAUUUCAUGGAAGACCCGCCGCGCAGGUUCUACCGCCUAGCGCCCGGGCGCGAGGUACGCCUACGCUAUGGAUACUUCAUUACUUGCCAAGAGGUGGUCAAGGACGAGAGCGGGGAGGUAGUGGAGCUGAGAUGCACCUACGACCCGGAGACACGCGGAGGAAGCGCUCCCGACGGACGCAGAGUGCGCGCUACGCUGCACUGGGUAUCUGCGGCGCACGCGAUAGAGGCGGACGUGCGCCUGUACGACCACCUCUUCACUCAGUGGAAUCCGGACGAAGACGAUGAGGACGGCGCAGACUGGCUGUCCUUCCUCAAUCCCGAAUCGCUUGUGACCGUCACAGACGCGAAACUUGAGCCGAGCCUCGCGGACGCGGUUCCUGGCACUCGCUACCAGUUCGAGCGGCAAGGUUACUUCUGUGUUGAUACAAGGGACUCCACUCCCGAACGCAUCGUAUUCAAUCGCACGACUACGCUGCGCGACACAUGGGCGCGGGUGCGACAAUCUCAGUCCAACGCCUGA